AUGAAGGAGACCCAGGGACAGCCCAUCACUGCCGUCACCAAACUGGCCAGCGAGCGCUUCAAGGCACUCGGCGACGAGGAGAGGGCGGCCUACCAGAAGAAGUAUGAGGAGGCGAAGGCCAAGUUCGAGGAGGAUAUGAAGGCCUUCCUUGAAGCAGGUGGCGAGAAGAAGGCGCGCAAGACAAAGGGCUCCAAGGCUGCAGAGAAGCUGAAGCGGAAGAAGGACUGCACUCGCCGGAAACCGAACCGCUCGGCCUUCGCGGAUCAGUGCAAGGGCCAGCCCGUGACAGCUGUCACGAAGCUGGCUUCGGAGAAGUGGAAGGCGCUGAGCGAGGAAGAGAAGAAGGUGUUCGAGGAGGAGUACCAGACCAAGAAGGCAGCCUACGAGGAGGCCAUGAAGUCCUAUGUUCCCCUGCCCAGCGCAGAAGCUGAGGAGCCGCCUGCGAAGAAGGCUAGGAUGUCCAAGGAGCAGAAGGAGGCCGCAAAGGAGGCCGCCAAGGAAGCCAAAGAGAGUUCCAAGAAGGAGAAGCAGGAAGCAAAGGCCAAGCAGACAAAGGAAAAGGCGAAGGCAAAGGCAGUGAAGCCUAAGGCAAAGGGGAAGCCGGCAACCACACCGGAAGUCGAACUUCAGGCCACCGUUGCUGCCAAGGCAGAGAAGGUCGGCCUUAAGGACCAGCUGAUGAAAUUGGUGGCACGCGAUGACAUCAAGGCCAGCGGCAAAAGCCAGACGGCGGCGCUGAAGGCUUUGGAGGAAUCCAAUGGCUUGAUCCAUCCAGCCAGGUUCUUGGCGGAGAAGCGCCCAGAGCUGAUGAAGGAGACCCAGGGACAGCCCAUCACUGCCGUCACCAAACUGGCCAGCGAGCGCUUCAAGGCACUCGGCGACGAGGAGAGGGCGGCCUACCAGAAGAAGUAUGAGGAGGCGAAGGCCAAGUUCGAGGAGGAUAUGAAGGCCUUCCUUGAAGCAGGUGGCGAGAAGAAGGCGCGAAAGUCAAAGGAAGAGAAGGUCAAGCCAAAGAAGGAGAAGGAUCCUGAGGCGCCCAAAAGGCCUGCUGGUGGAGCCUAUGGCUGCUUCCUAGCCAAGCAUCGCGCAGCCUUCGCCGAGCAGUGCAAGGGCAAGCCUGUGACAGCCGUCACAAAGCUGGCUUCUGAGAAGUGGAAGGCGCUCAGCGACGAAGAGAAAAAGGUCUUCGAAGCGGAAUACAAAGCCAAGAAGUCCGCCUACGACGAGGCCAUGAAGUCCUACGCGCCAAAGCCCACUGAGCUGAUCGAGCCACCCGCCAAGAAGGCAAAGGCACUGUUGGGUGCCUGAGUUUUAUGGCAUUUGCCUUAAUUAGUUGGUUCCUGAGGAACAUCCUCAUAAAUUACCAUUGCGCUUGCGCGGAAAGCGCAUGAGGGGCGAUGAUUUGGAUUGAGAUGCAUGAACCAACCUCAUAAUAUUGGAAACAGAACAAAAA